CCCCUCGCCGGAGUUCCUGCCCGCCUCUCCCGCCGCCGCAGACUUUCCUCUGGGCGACCCCCUUGUUCCUCCGGCCCUUCCCGGCCCCCUGAAUGCCCUCUCUGGCCAUGCCCACGGGCACGGUGCCCGUCACGCUGCUGCUUCUGGCGCAGGUGGGCUUCGUGAGCCUGGAAGCCAUCCAGUGCCCGCCGUGCUCCGAGGAGAAGCUGGCCCGCUGCCGGGCGCCGGUGGGCUGCGAGGAGCUGGUGCAGGAGCCCGGCUGCGGGUGCUGCGCCACUUGCGCCUUGGCCCGAGGGAUGCCCUGCGGGGUCUACACGCCGCGCUGCGGCUCGGGGCUGCGCUGUUACCCGCCGCGGGGCGUGGAGAAGCCCUUGCACACGCUGAUGCACGGCCAAGGGGUGUGCAUGGACUUGUCGGAAGUGGAGGCCAUCCAGGAGAGUCUCCAGUCUACAGAACAGGAGGAGGUUGAACUCCCCAGCAACAACUUGAACCCCUGCAGCAGUCACGACAAAAAAUGCCUCCAGAAGCAGCAAGCCAAACUACGCGACAGGAUCAACCUUGGGGUCAAGAUGAGGAGCACUGGCAUCCUACCUGCCCGGGAGGAUACCCGGCCAGUGGUCCACGGAGCAUGUCAGAGUGAGCUUCACAGAGCACUGGAGAGAUUAGCAGCUUCACAAACCCGGACCCAUGAAGAUCUGUAUAUCAUCCCGAACUGUGACCGCAAUGGGAACUUCCACCCCAAACAGUGUCACCCGGCAUUGGAUGGGCAGCGAGGGAAAUGUUGGUGUGUGGAUCGGAAAACCGGGAUCAAGCUGCCGGGAAGCCUGGAGCUGAAGGGAGACCUGGACUGCCACCAGCCCACAGAAGGAGCCCAAGCGUGACUUGACAGAUAAGAAGUAGACAUUGGGCGUUCCUUGGUGAGCUGCCGAGGAAACCGAAAUGGUGCUGUUGGAAGAACAGACAAAACACCAACUGGGACAUUAUUACCACAUGGGGGGGGUAUUUUUUUGUGGGAGGGGGGGACAGUUCAUGACAGCGACAUCUGCCCCCUGCAUUAAUCCACACAUGACAGCCAACCGGCACCCUUGGGCAUUUAAUUUGGUAGCAACGUAACAGCCAGAGUUCUUCCUUCAUGAUUUUGGAAACAACAUUUUAUUUGAGUGACCACUGAUGACAGAAGCCCUAAAAACUUUUGAUACAAGUACUCCAGAUAGACCAGUUUUUGUUUUUUAGCACAAACCGCUGGAGAAUUGUUUCUCCUUUGAGGGUUUUUGCUGAGAAACGGAAAAGAGCAACGAUGGAGGGAACCUUCUCUACCGAUCCUUUCCCACAUCUAAGCAGGCCAAACUUGUCGAUCCACCUCCUACCCCAUCCCCCUGCCCAGCCUAGCACACUCGCCUUCUUUAAGGCAAGGGUGGUAGCAGCUUAAAGUGCGGGAACAUGUAGCUGAAGCCUUCCAUGACAUGGAAGUAAAGAGCACCACCUGGUUAUUUGCUGCAGAACCAACUGAUAUAAAGGCAGGGGCUCCGUCCCAUCUGAGGCUACGUAAAGCGCGCCUCGUGAGCACACACAAAUCUGGCUCACAUUCACACGCCUCUAGAUUAGGAUGCAAAACUCCCAGACCGAGGGGUGAGACAUCAGCAUCUCAUCCCUCCCGGUGACCAGUGACAUAAAAGAAAGCCUAUGCAAACAAUGCGUAUAAUUUUCACAAACGGCAGAAUGUAACUCAAGCGCUGUAGGAUUAUCUGUGUACGUGUGUCGGGGGGGAUCUUUUGAUGGGAGCAGCGAAUACCUUGCCCAGUGCUAACGACAAAGACUGGCACAGUUUCAAGGCCAACUUGAGCAGACCUCCCACAACUGAAGUGUGUAGAGCACCCGGGGCCAGUUUGGCUCCCAGCCUCCAGCACAGCUGGAAUCAAAUACAUUUGAGACCUUGAGCGGUUGCGUUGCCGAGACGCUCAAAGUGUGACCCAGGAAGACCCGGAUUCCAAUCACCAUGAAGCUCACCGGGUGACCGUGGGUCAGUUACUCCUUCUCUCCAUCUUGGGGUGACCUACCUCACGGGAUAAAAUGAAGGAAGGGAGAACCGUGUUAUGCUGUCUUGAGGUCCCUGGGAUAAAUAUGUGGGAGGUCAUUCCCCUUGUAGUAGAAGAGAGGGUCGUUCCGGGGAAACUCCUGCACAUGCUGGCUUGCUGAGCCGAAAGGAGUGCCACCUACGGCUGCCAGCUCUGUGUUGGGAAAUAACUGGAGAG